CCCUGCUGUCCCUCGCUGUCCCCUCGCUGUCCCCCCUCUGUCCCGCUCUGUCCCCCGAUGUCCCCCUCGGUGCGGCCGCGUCGCGGUCCCCUGGCGCUGCUGGCCGCGGCCACCGCGUGUCCCCGCUGCGGGUGUCCGGUGCGGGACCCGGUGCUGCUGCCGUGCGAGCACCGCUGCUGCCGCCGCUGCCUGCUGGCCCCGGAGGUGUCCCCGAUGUCCCCGGAGGUGUCCCCGGGGGUGUCCCCGAGCCCCGCGGGUGGCCCGGGCUGGCCGCGCUGUCCCCAGUGUCGCCGUCCCUGCGCUCCGGGCCGGCUGCGCUCGGCGGUGGCGCUGGCGGUGGAGGCGCGGAUCGCGCGGCGCCUGGCGGGGGACGGCGGCGACAGCGGAGGGGACAGCGCGGGUGACAAAGGUGGCGACAGCGCGGGGACAACCAGGAGACGGCGCCGAGCCGGGAGCUGCAGCCUCGGGGCCCAGCUGCGAGCGGACGCCGCCCCUCCCCCACCCCCGCGGGACCCCCCCGCCGCCCCUCCCCCCCCCCAAUAAACGCUGUCCCCGAGGCUC